CCACCCCUCCCUUUCCCCCUGCACUUGGAAUCCUCUCCCCGCGCUGACGCUUUGACGGUAUCUGCAAGCGUUUGUGCUGAUCUUAUUCCUGCCAACCUCCCCCCUCCCCACACCACCCUCUCCCGAUAUUAAUUCCCCGAAGCGGGUAACGAUGCAUCUCCCCAGUGACGGGACCUACUAGAGGCAAGUGGGGGUUGGGGAGGAGGAGGAGGAGGAGGAAGAAGAAGAAGAAGGAGGAGGAGGAGGAGAAGGAGGAGGGGGAGCCAGCAUCUGAGCAUAAGCAUAAUCCUAAUAAUACAGAAGGGGAGGGAUUCUUCGGCAGCCCCGGAGGAGGCAGGAGGCCAGGGGAACCACAGAGAAAAGGAAGAAGAAAAAAAAAUUAAAAAAAGAGAAAGCGAUGAGUUGGCCAGAUCUAUGGAGCCCGGGCCACUGGGCUCCCGUGUCUGCUCGGAAGAUGACGGCGUGGCCCUUGCUCCUGCUGGCGCUCUACGCCGGCCUCAGUAGCCAGAAAUCUGAUGAUGACUAUGAAGAUUAUGCUUCCAACAAAACAUGGGUCUUAACCCCCAAAGUUCCUGAGGGCGAUGUGACUGUCAUUUUAAACAACCUCCUAGAAGGAUAUGACAACAAACUUCGCCCUGAUAUAGGAGUGAAACCAACAUUAAUUCACACAGAUAUGUAUGUGAAUAGCAUUGGUCCAGUGAAUGCUAUCAAUAUGGAAUAUACGAUUGAUAUAUUUUUUGCCCAAACAUGGUACGACAGACGUCUUAAAUUUAACAGCACCAUUAAAGUCCUCCGACUGAAUAGCAACAUGGUGGGGAAAAUCUGGAUUCCAGACACUUUCUUCAGAAACUCCAAAAAGGCUGAUGCUCAUUGGAUCACUACCCCCAACAGAAUGCUGAGGAUUUGGAAUGAUGGCCGGGUUCUCUACACGCUAAGGUUGACAAUUGAUGCUGAGUGCCAGUUACAGUUGCACAAUUUUCCAAUGGAUGAACACUCCUGCCCCUUGGAGUUCUCCAGUUAUGGCUACCCACGCGAAGAAAUUGUCUAUCAGUGGAAGCGAAGUUCUGUUGAAGUUGGUGAUACAAGGUCUUGGAGACUUUAUCAAUUUUCCUUCGUUGGACUCAGAAAUACCACUGAAGUAGUGAAGACAACUUCUGGAGACUAUGUGGUCAUGUCCGUGUACUUCGACCUGAGCAGAAGGAUGGGCUACUUCACCAUCCAGACCUACAUCCCCUGCACACUCAUCGUCGUCCUCUCCUGGGUAUCCUUCUGGAUCAACAAGGACGCGGUGCCAGCCAGGACCUCCUUAGGGAUCACCACCGUCCUGACAAUGACCACCCUCAGCACCAUCGCCCGGAAGUCACUCCCCAAGGUGUCCUACGUCACCGCCAUGGAUCUCUUUGUGUCUGUCUGCUUCAUCUUUGUUUUCUCCGCCCUGGUGGAGUAUGGCACCCUGCAUUAUUUCGUCAGCAACCGGAAACCCAGCAAGGACAAAGACAAAAAGAAGAAAAACCCUCUUCUUCGGAUGUUUUCCUUCAAGGCGCCUACCAUUGACAUCCGCCCCAGAUCAGCAACCAUUCAAAUGAACAAUGCCACACACCUUCAAGAGAGAGACGAAGAGUACGGGUACGAGUGUCUGGAUGGCAAGGACUGUGCCAGUUUUUUCUGCUGCUUUGAAGACUGCCGGACAGGGGCCUGGCGACACGGCAGGAUACACAUCCGCAUCGCCAAAAUGGACUCUUACGCACGGAUCUUCUUCCCCACGGCCUUCUGCUUGUUUAACCUGGUUUACUGGGUCUCCUACCUUUACCUGUGAGAAGGUCCAGGUCUCAGCGGUUGGGGUCUCACUCAGUCCUGGCGGAGAGUGGUGUCCUUUCAUGAGUCCACUUACACAAAUCUGUGAUUUAUCAUCUGAAUCUGUUUCUCUGUUCUAACCGGUGAAUCACACUGAUGUCGUACACUGUUUUCGCCCAACUCUCCUGUGGUAAGCAUCAUUUGAAUUUCCAUGUUUGCUGUGUUUCAAACCCGCAAGGUGAGCUGGAAUGAAGAGCGAGAACACUGAAACCAAACGGGAUUCUUUUCCCACUGCAGCUAAUUGAGAAAGGGUGAAAGCUGUGACUAUUUAUAGUGGUGGUGUCCUUCCUCAGUUCUAAAUGCAACUACACGCAAAAGGUCCCCCAACUUGACCCGCUGUUUGUGUGGAGUCAAGUCGCGGUAAAUUGGAUCCCAAUAGGCCCUCUCCCUCAUCCGAGAAGAAUCAUGACUCACUUUAAAUAGCCUAGGAAUCUUCUACACCUCUGUCCCCAGAGAGGAAGAGUAUUUCCUCUCCAUCACAUGUACAAUGGUGUAAAUAUUUCAGCAACGUAGAAUGCUUCAAGUUUAAUGCAUGCACCUCUUUAGAGCCGAAAUAAAUGACUGAAGUUAACAUCAUAAAGUAUUGUGUUCUAUUCUGUGUCUUUGGGCUACGAAAGAAUCAUGAAUGUAAUUACGAGGGUCUGGGUUUGGAAUCAGAGUGAAAAGUUUUCUCCACCUUCUCCCUCAUGCAUGAAGAUGCAAAGAGCAUUUUUUCCCCCACGUAUGGCAUAUGCAAAUACUUCCAGCAAAAUACAGACUUGACCAAAUUGACAUUGGCUACCUUUAAAUAUGCCCAGAGUCGUAGAGUAUAAAAUAACUAUGUGCUUGCUGCUGUUUAUUCCUUUUAUGAUGAUAGAUCGUAACAGAACUUAUUCUCCAUCUCCACCAGAUCUGCUCUCAGUGCGUGUGAGUGCCUUGUGGGCAAAACCAUUGAUAGGUCCGCUGAGGGCACCAGUACACAGCUAGUGUGGAAUAAAAAUGGUCUGGAGUGAAUUGGACUCACACUCUCCAUUGAAUCUCUCUGUGCUGGUUCAAAACUAAAGAUUCAUCUUUCCUUAUAAGCACUGUCCAGUAGUAUUUGAGCUUGUAGAAAUAAAAAAGAUCCAAAGAACUUUGGCAAUUUGGUAAUCAUCAAAAUUUUUCUUUAGCCAAAGGCCCUACUCUCCUCAAUAUAACUAUCCUAUGUUUUUGUACAGAAAUGUGACUGAAAGGGUGUAUUAGAGUUUGUGUAUUUUGUUUUUCUGGCUGUAGGGCUGAGUUGGCCUUGAUCCAUCUACAGUUCUAAUUGAGGAACUAUGAGAGGCGUAAGUUGGAUUCAUACCUGAUGUUCAGAGUGGACUAUUUUGUAUGCUCUGUGGUGAACAAACAACCCACAGAAAAUGCUGAAAAGAACCAAUGCAUGGCUUAGAUGGCCUCGUUCAACUCUACGAGAGUCACGGAAGAGGCUGUCCCAGGCUUCAGCCAGGAAAGCUGAGGUCCACCUUUAGGCACGCUCUGGAAACAGCACUCUACACCAGUCCUCCUCCUUUUGGGGGCAUUCACUGCUCAAAAUUAGAAUUUAGUCAUAGCUAGUACAGCUUUCUAGAGCAUUUUUUUAAAAAAAGAGUAUUAGCGAAGAGAGAGUGGCUUUGUUAGAAAUCAUUUUAAGACCGUCAUCAAAUCAUCUGGAUGAAUCUUGAAACACAUUUAGCUGCUGACUUUACAAACCCUUACUAUCGGUCAGGAGUGCUUUAGUAUAUAACCUCAAGCACAUGUAAAUAGACUUAAUUAUUUUCUUGUUUCAAAUUGUUAACACAUUAAAUGUUGACUUUUGGGGAGAGUUGCUGGCAAAUUUCCAAUGGUGAGAAACGUGUUAUUUUGUCAACUUAAAAUGUAUCCUGUACGGAAACAUUUAAAAACAGCUAGCUUUCCAAUGUGUGUGACCUACUGGCAAAAGAAUAUAUAUAUGAAUAUAUAUACAUAUAUAUACAUAUAUAUGACUUGAUUCUCAACUCAGCUGCUCCCUGUCUGUACUUCAACACCUUUCCACAGAGGGAACUGCCUACUCUGUGGACUUUUACAAUAAAAAUGCUGCAUUUGAAUCCAUAGUGGCAUGUCUGUGGUCUGGUUGCACGGGUUUGUCUUCAGGACUGUGAGCCCACUUUCCUGUCGCAUGCCUCGGUACCCCUCUCCUCCCCAUGUCAACUUUCAGAGACAUGCGAUCAAGUUUUGCACAGUGCUAGACCUCAAGCUUCCAAAGAACGCAGAGAUGCACCUGGUAUAAGGCGUGGCAAUGGAACGGCAGCAAUGUCAUGAAGUAUUGGACCUCAAAAGUGUGGCGCAGUUAAGAAUACAGAUGAAUGAGAAACCUAAUUGCAGGGCUAAGGGUGGUGGGGGGGGCACGGAGAAUUGCAAUUAUGCCACCUACCAGCUUCUGGCAGUUGUCCAUAAAGCCUUUAUAAACUCGAUUUUACCAUUGAUAAAUUUGAUAGAAUGAUGGCACUGCAUGUAAGAUCACUCAGCCCAUAAUCAAAGCCCCACCUCCACCAGUUCUAAAUUCUAAGCAAAUCUAGCAGGGGUCCUAGAUGCCUUUAGGGCAUUCUACAUCCUCAGGUUUUACUUAUGUGGCACCUCUAUGUUUGCAAACCUCUUUAAGUACAGGUUGAAUAUCUGAGUUUAUUGCUGAAAAUAAUCUUCCCAUGGCAUUCAUUAUUUUUAAGGUCCAAUAACCUCUGUAUCUGCCUUAUCCCUCCUAGCCCAGUUUUUAAAUCACAGGGAACCAAGUUCCAGAGAUAGCAUCCCCCCCUUUUUUUGAAGCCCUAUGAAAAAUCUCAAAAGAAUAAAGUAGCAUAAUCCUUUACAAGAAGUUGACCUAGCCUUCCACUAGCUGUCAUUCUCUUGGCCCCUUGUGACUUUCUGAAUCCAAUUUAAACAUUCAUUUCUCACCUUCCAGACAAGUAAAAAAAAAAAAAAGUUUUCACUUAGGUAUUUUUCUUGCUGUCUAACUUAAUGGUCUUUAUCCCUUUUUUAAAAGCCUUAAGAUUAUUCUGACUAGUAGCAACAAUUUUUGUCGGUGAUGAAGGUCAAAUUAAAUUAACCAGAUGAUGCAGUCUUGGGGGAUUAGGUUAAAAUUGCUAUCUUUGUGCUUUGUCACCAUGGAUCUUUGUCAAAUGUAUUGGAGAAAAGAAAAAUGACCUAGCACAGAAGGUCUGCUGUAUAAUGGCAACCCGGUGGGGCAUUGCUUUUUUUCCUACUGCCUUAGAGCAUUUCAGAAUUUGGAAAUAAAAUCUCAUGCACGAUCACGAUCUUGAUAUCCCGUUAAUCACCGAUUUCUCAGGUGGGCUCAGUAACAUCUCAUUUCGUCCUUUCCCUGAGAUCUUAGAAGUCCAUCUCGACUCGGCCCUCCUAACGAUGUUGCACUGGGGGCUCUUCAGGGUCAGGGGAAUGAGAUCCAGCUUGUUACUGGAUUUUGCAUAUGAAUACACCAUGGGAAGCUUGCAAGGCUGUCCCAUGUGGGCAGGAAACUCAGAAGAUUGCCAGUUUCUCCCAGAGGGAGAAGAAGCCUAAAGAUAUAUAAUAAAAUCUGGAAUAGUUUUUUUUUUUCCUUUUUUGGUAAGGCAUUAGGAAUUGCUCCACACGAGGGUACUUCCUUUGAAUUUGAUCUCCCUUUAAUUCUUCUCAUGGCAAUGACAGAAACUUUAGAAUCCCUAGCCUCAGAGAUACAUGGGUGGAUUUCACAUGUGUUUUAGUCUUUAGAAAGAAAUAAAUACCAGUCAGCAUUCACUGUUACUCUCUGCUUUCUGAACUGUUUGAAGGAAAGGAUCUUCAAUCACUUCACAAACUGACUUUGGUCCUUCCAGAUUUGGGGUAAUGGACAACCAAAGUGUUUCCCGAGGCUGUGGGAGUAAUGGGCCAUUAAUCACUCCGAGGUUAGGCAUCCGAGGCCAACUAUAAAAUCCAAAUGAAAUUUUCUUUUACAACUCUGGGGAUAACAAAGAAGACUUUUCCUUCCUUUAUGAUUACUUUUCUAACAAAAAUGGAAAACCAGAUGUUCUUGCUCCAGAUUUCCUAAGUUCACUGCUUAAUUAAGACCUGUGAUUCAGUUUUCUCUGCCUCAAUAUCCUGAACUGAAAAAAAUGGGCGUGAGGGGGAUAAUACUGGUUCCCAAUCAUUGGAUUUAGUCAUUUUCCUCACAAUGAAUAUGCGGUGUCUGAAAAUGAAGCAUACAAGGAUUAUUGUCUUAAAAUAAUGACCUCAUAUAUGAGGACUGUGAUAAACAUAUGUAGCACAUAUAUAAUUGUACAUAUAUACAUAUAAUAAAUAUAAAAUAUAUGUAGCACUGUA